AUGAUUAAAAUUUUAAGAAGUCUUCACUAAAUAAAUCUUAAAUAAUCUUAUGGUUUAUUUGGAUGGUUUAAUAAAAAAGAAGAAAAGGUUGAUGAUUCAGCAUAUGAUCCAGCUACUUGGAAACAACUAUAACCUGCUUUUAAUAAACUUAAAGAAGAAAAUUAAAAUAAACCAAAACUCUUACCAAUCAAAAAGAAAUAAUAUUCUGAUAAAUUAACUGUUGUUAUGGAAUUAGAUGAAGUCUUAGUAUAUUCCUUUAUACCAGACCCAAAAGAUAUGUUCAUGAAUGCACCUUUGAGACAACAUGAUUUUUAUAUUGAUCUCCCUGAAUUCGAUAAUUUUGUUCAUGUUUAUAAAAGAGAAUAAUUGGAUGACUUUUUAGAAUAUUUCCUUAAUCACACUGAACCAGUUAUUUGGUCAAAAGGAUAAAGGAUAUAUGUUGAAAGAGUCUUAGAAAAAUUAUGUCCAUAAUUUCCUAAAGAUCAUAUAUUUUGUUAAGAACAAUGCAAUUUAGUUGAAGAAGAUGAUUUAGAAGAUUAUUUUAAGGAUCUUGAUCUUUUAGGUAGAGACAGAAAGAAAAUAGUCUAUGUUGAUUCUAAACCUUUAAGUUUUUGGACUACAGGAGAUAAUUGUAUAUAUUAAAUAUUUAUUAUAUAAUAGCUAUUCCUGUUAGAAUGUUUGUAGCAGAUAACACAGACACUAAAGAUGAUUUAUAAAGAUUAAUGAAUAUACUUGAAAGAUUAAAAUAAGAAAAUGAUGUGAGAGAUUAUUUAAAAAAGAUCUAUAAAGUAGAAGAAACACUUAGAGAAACUAAAUUUAUUGAGUGA